UUAGCAUAUUCAAAUAGAAGCUCUGCGCUUUGCUGCUGCGCUCGGCUAGCUGUGAUCCGGGUGCCAGCAGGGGCAGCUCUGGUGGCACCAGCAGGAGCAGGGGCCGGGUUUCUCACGUCACUCUUGAUCUAGCAUGCAGUCUAAUUAGGUAGCUACGUUUUAAGCUCAAGUCAGGUGGCGGGCGCUGCAGAAGCCCCCAUCUUUUGAAAGGGAGGACCACCAGUUUGACGCCACCCCGGCCCAUGAAUGAUGCUGGCAGCUGGGCCCUUCAGCGGGCAGCGCGUGUUUGCACCAUCCAGUGUAGAGUUAUGGCAUGCGACUGCACGAGGGUUUAACGUGCCAACACGGCAUGGUCUGCUGUGUAAUGCGCUGCAAGAUCUGGACAAUGCAGGCUUCCGUUUGCAGAGCAGAUACCGGGGACUUCAAGCGGGUCCCUACCUGAAAGCUGAUCUAUGCUGUAUUUCAUUCACUGGCGUAAGGCAGCUAACCGAUUGCCUGCAUGGGUUCGGAGUGGAAGGACACGAGGAGCGCUUCUUGCAUGCGAGGUCGAAGGAUCGCCUGGCAGGUGUCGGUGGUGUGAGACGCCAGGGGCAUGCUGCAGAAAGUUUCCAUUCUAGUUGUCGUAGGCGCCGGGGGAGGAUCACAUGCGGUGCUAAGAAGGGCGCCAAGGGUGGUGGGGACGAGGGGCCCAAGAGCGACACUGAUGGCCGGCAGUCUACCCCGCCCAGGGUCUCCACCAACAUCAAUAUUCCGGUGCGGUACCAGCUACGUUAUGUCAAGGCGCUCAAGGAGUACCAGAAGAAUGCCUCGGGCCCUCCGGUCCGCCAAGCCACGGGGUACCGGAGAAAGAAGGAGCGGCCGUCUGAAAGCAGCGGGGUCGCAAGCGGGGACGUCGUGGCACCGUCCACCAGUCUCAUGGGGCAGGGCGUCAUGGAAGAGCUGAAUCUGGAGCCCCCAGUGUUGUUGGUGGACGGGUACAACAUGUGCGGCUACUGGCCCAAGCUGAAGAAGCACUUUUCUAAGGGGGACCUUGAGGCCGCGCGUGCCAAGCUCAUCGUGGAGCUGCAAACAUACGGCGCGUGCAAAGGCAUCAAAGUGGUGGUCGUAUUCGAUGCUCAGAAGUCGGGGCUGCAAUCUCACAGCGAGGGAGACAAGUAUCUGAAGGUCGUGUACUCGGCCGACGAUACCGCCGACUCUUGGAUCGAACGGGAGGCCAAGAACCUGCACGACAAGGGCAACCACAACGUAUGGGUGGUGACGUCAGACCUGGCUCAGCAAAGCAUGGCGUACGGCGUCGGCGCAACCGUCUGGAGUUGCGGCCUGCUAAUCCAGGAGAUCAACCAGGCUCGAAAGGAGAUGCUGAAGCAGUUGGAAGAGGACAGAAUGAUCGGCGAGCUCUCCUCCCGUACGCCCACCUUCGAGGAGUCCGUCUCGCGGGACAGUUUCGACAAGUUGGCCUUGCUCUACGAGCAGCUCAGCCGGGGGGCGCCCCCGGAGGACCCCUUCGGACGCGCUGACGUCAGCGGAGCGUCCGACGAUGACGUCAGCAGAGAGUACGGCUCGGCCGAAGACGACAUCGCGUGGCUGUCCGAAUGGGCUCAUUCAGACGGCGAGGACAGCGAGAUCGAAGUUGAGGAUUCGGAGAACGAGAGCGGGGAACAUUUCCACCGGUCCCAGAAUGGUCGUGGGUUUGGAAACGGUGUUUCAUUUGACAAUGGCGGCGCGCAGUCUUUGGAGCCAUCUCCAGCGGAAGAGAUUGUUGCGGACCGCUCGGCUAGUGGCGGGCUUGCGGAAACGAGCGGACGUCCGAACCCGGCGAGUGGUGUCGAAGGCGCGUCCGAAAGCGUGGAGAAGUCCGCCAACGGAAAGUUCCGUCCGUCGGAGGCGGAAGCGAUUCCGGUGGCGUUCGGGAAGGGCCGGGUGAACUUGGGCGCUGCGGUGAAGCGGCGGCGGCGCUCCGGGGGGGAGGGGUACAGCAGCGGGAGCGACAGCGAGGGACCCCCCCGGAGAGCGGGAAACGGUCUUCGGAGCCCUGCGCAGGAUCUGGAGAUUUUCCAGCGGUUCGAUACGUUGCCGGACUUUGGAUACAGCACGGGGGACGAGGAUCACCGGGGACGGAUGCACCGACGGUGGCGGGACGUUGAGCGGGCGGUGGAGAACGGAAGCAACGGAACGAACGGAACGAACGGGAAGGUGACAGGCGGCGGGGUGAAGAGUGGAGGGUUGAAGGGAACAGGGGCUGGGAAUGGACGGACUGAAGGGGUUUCAGGGCCUUUCAUGAACGGGGCAGUGGGUUCAAAGGGAGGGCGAGGGAAGGGGCUGACAGCACUGGAGGACGUGCAGAACGGAAAAGCGACGAGAAUGCAGAUGGAAGAGGCAUUGAGCAGUGGGAGAAGGUCAGAGAGUGCGGGAGUCACGUCGCUGAAAGGCGGAACUAGGGGGGCAGAUCAGGUUGAGCAACAUUUGGUUGCGGAAGAUCGGUCAGCGGGCCGUUCCGAGGGGGUAGGAUUAGGGGAUGAUGGGGAAAGCGACUCGAACGAAGGGCGCAGCGCGAGCGCAGGAGACUCACUGGUCAUUCGCAGUACUACUAAGCGAGUGCCCGGGCAAAGUCCCCGGGUUGCCAAACCAAGGGUUAGGCCAGCGGUUAGCUCAAACGUGGACGAAAAGGCGCAGGGUCUCGAUCAGCCAGGCAACGGACGGGGUGAGAGUUCGAGUCGUUUACGGGAAGCAGCGAACGGUUGGGAUCUGUUAGCGGAUCCCGAAACCAUGCGAUCCCCGUCGCUUGAAAACAACGGCGCGGGAAAUGGUAAGCAGCCCGUAACGAAGCGAGUUGGUAAAGGUAAACCAGGUAGGUUAGCGCCGCCGCAGCGGUCCGCGUCUAGAGACAAUGUCGAGUUUGAGGGAAAUCUGUACAGAGACUUAGAGAGCAUUCCGUUCGAUGAGUUGACGACCGAUCAAAUGAUGGCCCUGAAGUACGGUCAUAGUUCGAGGCCAGGCAGCGAGGAGGUAAAGCGCACGCGCAAGAGGAGGUAACGCGUUCUAGGUCGAGGUUUGAUGUUGGAAGGAAUAGUUGAAAGCUAACUGAGUCGCAAACAAAUGGACUGAUUUUGAAAAGAAGGCCCUGGUCGUGCCACCUGGUUCGCUCGGCAAGUCAGGCCGCCCCAGCUGACCCAGGGGCACCAUUCUUCCAGCUCUCAAC